GCAAAUGCUUGAAUGAUGAUGUCAAGUUUUAUUGGUAACAAUAGGCCAAUGAUAUAAACGCUAUUCAUUCAUCAUUAAAGCAUGAUGAUCUUGGGUCAUCGGAACGCGAUGUAUUGCGUCGCAAUGAAAUCAAUAGACUCUAAUUGAUUUCGCAGUGCGAAACGCAAUUCGGAGGACCUCCGGUGCGUAGGCGACGGAAGUACUUUUCCCGCAGUUGUGCCCGUUGAUUCGGACAGGUGAGUCUUAGAGAGAAGGGAAGGAAGAAAGAAAGAGAGAGGUAGAGAGGGAGGGAGGCCAGAGAGGACCACUGCGAAAAAGGGAGGGUGUGCGAGGUGUGCGAACGGGACAGGACGAUACCUUCGGCCGACAGUCGCGUAGGAGCGACCGGCGCGACAUUGCACACGCGGCGUUCCCUUCCUCCGCGGCGUGUGACACACGGGCGCAACGUGGUGGUAAAACAACGUGUGGUGAGGUGCACGCGAGGUGCCCCGAAUGCGCGGAUAUCGCACGCGGUGUUCGCGGGGCGUCGUGAGUCCGCGCGCCGACGAGUCGCAAAAGUCGCAUCGCAUCGCGUCGCGUCGCAUCGGCGGGACCACAGAGUGGGACGGGACACACUCUGGCGCAGGGCCAGUAGAGGAUCCACCGAUAUAAAGAUCACCGGUCACGCGGCGCAGGAGGCUACUCGCUCGUGCAUCGUCGUCCCAAGUGCAGUGGUUGCAUCUCGCGAUACGCGUACACGGUGUGCUAUGGGAGGAGGGGCACGCUGAGAGGCGAGUCCCCCGUCCGCGCUGUUGAGAUUUCCUCCGUGCGCCCGUGUUGUAGAUGAACCUGUCCGAGUGCGAUACAUGCGCCUGAAGCGCAUCAGCCGCAUCUAUCUUGUUUUGGAGCGCGUCGAGGAAGAUCGAUAUCGAGCCCGAGGACGCCGAUACACGGCGAAUUAUAAACGAUCAUGACGCAUCUCGCAUUAUCUCCGCGGAGGCUGUCACUAGUUCUAAUGCUGAUAGCGACAUGCGCGAUCGUAACGGAAUCGUCAACGACCAGGGAUAGGAGGCACAUCGGUAUCGAGGAAUCUAGUCAUCGUUCGGGCAAGGAACACGCGACGUCCGACAGUUGGGGCAUGAGAUUGCCGAGCAGCAGCAGCAGCAGCAGCACGACGACCAACAAGAUCACCGCGGAAUCCGGAAGAAAAGUGUCUCACCAUCUGAUCGGGGGUCACCUGAAAAUCGAUACGAAGCGCCAUCACGAUGAUGACGGCGAGUCGCUAUGGGACGAUGGAAUUCUCAUGUCGGCGGCCGGCAACGGCAAGGAGGGGAAAAAUAAUCGAGGCGGCGGCGGCGACGGUGGUGGCAGCGACGACGAGGACGGGAAAAAGACACUCUCCCAGCAGGUCAAGGAGGGCAAGUACGGCCUCAUACAGAACGAGAUUUACGGCGAGCGCCCGAAACGGCCCGGCAUCAUCAGCUACCUCGGCAAUCCGGAGGUGCCGAAGGACACGAUCGACAAUCUGGGUGGCCUCGACGAGGACGAGAUCUGGCUGGCCGAGAACCACGUGCUGGUGCUGAAGGGCGGGAAGUUUCCUGAACAUGAACAGGACGGCCAGCAGCAGAGCGGCGACGACGAGCAGCCCAGAUGGCCGCCCAUCGACGAUUACAAGGCGCCCAAACGACAGGUCAAGAUACCAGCGCGACCGAAGGUACCGCCGCCCUUUCCGGUACAACUCACGGAAGGGGGACCGCUACAGAUUAUCGGCCCAAACGGCACCGCGGAGGAGAUUGGCAACGGUACCCUCGACUACAACACGAAUCCUCUCUACAAGGGGUUAUUACCCGGAGAGGAUCCGUUCUUCGGAAUCUCUCCGAACGGCACGGUAUUCACCCCGGACUUCGGUCCUUUGGGAAAUUUUUCCGUCGAGGAAAAGUCGUCGAGGGGUAGCAACGAUCAGAAGGGAAUAAAACCGGAACACCCUCAGCCGCCGCACGGCGCCCUUCCGCCUUUCUAUCACGCCAUACCGCCCGGCGCGAUCUUCGUGCCGCCGCCGGGUAAUCAGUCGGACUACGACGACGAGGAUCAGUCCAUCUACUAUCCGCCGCCGUAUAGUUUCUAUUAUCCGCAAGACAAUACGACGGCCGUGCCGCCGGGACCCCUGGUGCCCGGCAUCAUCCUGCCCCCGCCACCAGACUUCUUCUCUUCUCUGGACGAUAAGAAAACUACCACGAAGAAGUACACCAAGCGACCGACGACCACAUCCUCGCCGGAGACUCGGCCGACGUAUCUGCCGCCGAGAAAGGCCACGACUAAACACAACAAGGCCUCGUCCGUUCCGACGAAUCUGGUAACCAAGACAAGCACCUCGUCGUCGACCUCCACAAAAAUAUCCUUCGGUCGGAUUAUGACGAAGAAUGCAACGAGCACAUUCAAACAUAAAGAGACGACCGUGCCUAGCGCGAAAGUCACGACGUCGGCCUCUGGGAAACCGCACACUCUCGAGAAUACCGAGAUAUACACCAUCAGCCCCGUAAUCGGGAAUCAGGUGUCCGAGGCGACGACUCAGCAGAAGGACUGGUCCACUCUGGUGACGAGCAAGACAAUCCCGGUUUUCGCGUACUACCCGUCGACCACGCAAUCGUCGUUGGAACGACCAGUGGAGGUCACCCCGGCCUCCAUAAAGAGCAUCAUCACCACUAGUCAGCCCGGUCGGUCUCCCAACCACGCGUCCUACUACUUCUACGAGGAGUCGACCGACGAAAAUACGGACGUCACAGCAAAACCGUCGCCUGUUUAUUACGAGUCCACCACGAAGUCGCCGUACGUUGAGACGUCGCGGCAGAAUAAUCAGAAGAAGCACUAUUAUGCAGCCGUCGAAACGAUCCCGCCGGUCGAGACCCCGAAGGACUACAAGGUGAAGCUGAUCGACAAUAUCGUGAAGAAUUCGCAGACGUUCCAGUACACCGACGAGUCGGAGGCCACGUCCGCGAAAUUCGACGUCGGCUCGUCGCGAGAUCAGAGCCAGCGUAUGCUGGGCGACCAGCCGUCCGUUUACUAUCAAUCUGUACCCGCGCGUCCGCUGCAGACGUACACGACUCCGAAGCCGCAGACGUACUAUCGACAGACCACGAAGCCCAAGCCGAUCUAUCAGUACAGCUUCCAGAUAGCGGAUUACUCGAAACUCGGCAAUCAGAGAUCGCGAUAUCACGGGGCGGAGCAACAGCAGCAGCAGCAGCAGCAGCAACAGCAGCAGCAGGAUGCGUCUGUAUACAGCGAGUAUCAGGACAUCAAGAGCGGCAAUCGACAGUACGAUUACGAGAACAUCGAUUCCCCGUCGCGACAUCAAUCGCCGCGGAAACAAGUGUCGUACAACACGCAACAUCCGGUCUACGCCACGAGCACCGCCUAUCCGAUCGUAGACACGACGCCCAAUCCGCAAUACGCGUACUUCACGCAGCAAGACGAGAAGCUGUUGGACGACGUUACGAAAGAGUACUUCACGAUCUUCGGUAAGAAAUUACAGGACACGCGGAUAUCGAGCACGACCCCGAUCUACGGGAAAUCGAGCAGCGCCACGGAGAAACCUGACCACGGCGUGAACGCCUACGUGUCGAAUGUCUACAAGACCGGUCGGCCGGUAAAUUACAAGACGCCCAACGUCAAAGUGCGCUACGGGGAUCAGUCGCAGCGGCCCUAUUCCCUCAAGGACGACACCCUCGUCAACUACCGGCGACCCCUGCCGCCGAUCAAUCCGGACAGCGAGUUCAUCGAGAUAGUCGAGCCACCUAAGCAUCCGAAGCGGCCGUUACCGAGCUACGAGCUGCAGACGGGAAACUAUCGAUUGCAAAAUCAGGGAGUUCAACAGCACGGGCCGACCCCUCGUUACAGGUUGCGCGGCACGAUACCGCCGGCCGGCGGACACACCAACAAUUUCGCGCCUUUCUCCGAGUCCCGGGAGGAGCUGGAGAACGUGCGGGAGCCCGUGUCGCUGCUGGACGACAUAGAGGUCAACUACAGGAAUCCGCGUCCCGCCGUGAAUCCCGACGCCGAAUUCAUCGAUCCCGUGACGGUGCAGGACCAUCGCUCGGACAAUCCGAACGCCUACUUCGCGUACCGGCUGCCCGGCGACGUCGGCCACUUUUACUUCCUGACGCCGCAGGCGAUCACGCAACGGCAGGAUCAGAACGAUGGAUACGUCUAUCCGAAGCCCAGGGGGCCGCGAUUACGGAGACGGCCAGGGUAACGUCCGGGGCGCGCGUAUCCAACGGCAGUCGCGCGCAAUGCCAUAGUCUCGCGGAAUGUCCAGCGCGCGAAGUGAUCGGCGUUAUCGCCUCUGCGCGCGCGUGUCGGCCGCGCACAUAUACACAUACACGCGUAAUUAUUAAUAUAUUUAUUGUACUUGUAAAUACGAAUUGACUAAGUUAGAUAAUUAUAGCUACGUUGUUUUACGAUAAACGCGUAAUUUAUUAUGCAACCUGACCUCCCCCGCCUUAGAAUAAUAGAUGUGCGAUCUGUAUACUCGCGUAUGCGAUCUUGUAGUAUGCGCCUCGUCAUCGCAUAUUUUCGCAUUAUCUGUGAUUAAUGGAAUUAUUCGUGUACAUUUACAUAGUUACUAUUGUCUAUCUUAUGUACGCGCUUUGGCAGAUUGUGGCGUUGCGUCGCGAAUCUUUUUUCCCAAGUUUUUCUCUAUGUGCGGAAUGCGAAGUUGAAUAAAUAUAUAUGAAAUAACAA